UUUAUUCUGGAUGUUUUCACUUUUGGGCAUCUUGUUCUGAGUCAAGAUUCCUCCUUCUGAACAUGGGACUUUCCAGAAGGACCACAGCUCCUCCCAUGCAUCCACUUGGCCUGGGAGGUUUUGGAUUUGGGUUGUCGAGGGAGUUUGCCUGCCUCUCCAGAGAAGGAUGGCCAUGUGGCCCCUGUGGAGCCUGCUUCUCUGGGAAGGUAAGUGGGACAGGCAGAUGGCCUGUCAUCGGAGAGCUGAAGGCACCUCCCCAGCUGCGGACGCCAGAUGGGCAGGGGGAAGCCACAAGCUGAGGGCGGGUAGGGAAGACUGGAACAAGCUCUUGGGCAACAUUCUAAGCUGGUCAGAUACAAAGAGAUGCAGGGUCCUGGGAGGGAGGAGGUGACAGCUUGAGGAGUGUUCUUGUCUGCGAGACAUGAGCUGUUUUGUGGCCCAGAGCAGUAAAAAUGAGCCAACAGGGGAUACUGCCUGCUUGGAGAGAAAGUCGAAUGCUGAGGACCUGGCAGUGUUAGCACGAGGGAACUCAACAGAGUCUGGAAAGAGAAGCAGACAGCAGGGCAGAGCAGGGCUCCCCACAAUCAGCAGAGUGCAUUUUCAGCAGCCCCUGGGGGAGCUGAGGUCCCUCUCUGCAGGCCUUUAUAAGCAGAGACGAGUACUAAGUAGGGGUGAGAGAUGGGAGCAGGCUGAAUACGGCCCACGUGGGCUUGGGGGUGAUGUGAUGUUGGGGUGGCUGACACGCGGGGUUUCCUCCAUACUGAGCGAUCCCUCUGUCUGUCUGAUGCCUGAGUUCCCUUUCUUAUCAACAAGGAGCCAAGGUGACAUGGGUCAGCACUGCCAGGCCAGGGGUGAGGGUUUGUGGGGUGCCACAAAGAUUAAGAUGUCAUUGUUUACAUCAGAAGACUCACAGGGCCUUUGGGUUGCUUUGUCUCAUCUCCCUGCCUGGGUUCCUGGCCCUGAGAACUCCAAAGCCUGCAGAUUUCUUCAGCAUUUCUAAAUGUGCAGGAAAUCACAUCUUAACCUCAAAAGAGGCCGCAGUCUGUUUGGCUCACAAAAUCUUUCAAAUCAUUGGACAUGUGAGACAAAAAUAAUUUGUCUUUUUUUUUUUUUUUUUUUGGAGAUGGAGUCUUGCUCUAUCGCCUAGGCUGGAGUGCAGUGGUGCCAUCUCAGCUUACUGUAGCCUCUGCCUCCCAGGUUCAAGCGAUUCUCCUGUCUUAGCCUCCCAAGUAGCUGGAAUUACAGGUGUCUGCCACCACGCCUGGCUAAUUUUUGUAUUUUUAGUAGCCACCAGGUUUCACCAUGUUGACCAGGCUGGUCUCAAACUUCUGCCCUCGUGAUCCACCCACCUCGGCCUCCCAAAGUGCUGGGAUUAUAGGCCUGAGCCACUGUACCCAGCCCACAAAUAAUUUUCAAAUGGCCCUUAAUGAUAAAAGAUCUGGGUGCCUGACCUGAUACAGACCUCUCAUUUUUCAGUGGUACUGAGGCCUAGGGAGGGGAGGUGACGUGCCAAAGGCCACACAGCUGAUCUGUGGCAGCACCAGGAGCAGGGAGAAGCUAGGUCUUGGUUGACAUCCAGUGCAAUUCUCUUUGUGUUUUAUGUUCCUACUCUGCAUUAACAAGGAGGGACUGGAAUUAGCAUGGCCAAAUGAGCAACCAUCUAGAACACAUCACAUUGCCCACACCUUCAUCACCUCUUACCCUUCCCUACACCCCGUACCAGUGUCAGGCAGGGGGUCAGUCCUCAGCAGAGUAGGCCAUUCACUCAGUACCGUUACGAGGCUUCUCCCAUAGCCUGUUCCUUCAGGAACAGUAGUGGGCACUGGAAGCUCGAUGGAGAGAAAGAGCUCACGGUCUAGUGGGAAAGGCUGACUCAUAAACAGACUAUAAAAAUAGAGGGAUAAGGGUAGUCAUCAUGGUGACCCCAGGCCACUGUGAGAACACAGGAGAGAAUAUGUAGCCUGCAGAGAGGGGUGGGGAGGUCGGAGGAGGCAUGUGCUGCAAGAGUGAGCAGAGGAGUCAGGGGCACUUCAAGCAGAAGUGUCUCCCAUACACCUCUGCCUCAGAAACAGUCCCCAAAAACAGCUUCUUGCCAUCUCACCCCCCUGUUCCUCCUCCUGUUCUGGAUCACAGAGAAUAACAUCCGGUAGAUCCCAAGGACCUGGGAGCCAUCCUCAACUCCUUUCUCUCCUUCACUCCCCAGAACUGAUCUGUUACCAGAUCCUGCUGAUUGCGCCAUCUUCACGUCUCUCAAUUCCCCCCACUUCUCCCCAUCCUGGUUGCUCCUUUCCUCUAUUCAAGUUGCCAUCACUUCUCCGCUGGACUCAUAUGAACAGCCUCAGUCCUGCCCACCUCCAGGGCAUUGUCCACAUCUCUGCUGGAGCGAUCUUUCUAACCAAGCAUCUAAUCCUGUUACUCUCCUGCUUAAAACCUACCUGAGACCCCCACAUUGCUCUGCAGAUAAAGCGCAAAAGCCAGUGUUGCUUUCAGGGCGCUGCGUGAUCUGACUCCCACCAACACUGCAGUGUAAUUUCCUACUCCUCCCACAGAGAACUACUCUCAGUUCCCCAGGGCACCAACUCUCCUCCUCCAGGCCUUUGUCCGUCCUGAGCCCUCUGCUGGAGUCACUUCCCUAUCCUGCUCCAGGCCACCCUCAGCUUGGCCUGGCUGAUCACGAUUCCUCUUCAAGGCUCAGCUUAACCGUUUGUUUUUUGAGCCCAUCCAGGCUAGGUGAGGUCCCGUCACCCUAACUGUGUUCUCACAGGACAUCCCAUUUUUCCCUUCAUGAUAUUUAAUUGCUUUCGUGAAUGUCUGGCUUUCUCUGUAACCUCCAUGAAUGCGGAGACUGGGUUAUCUUCCGUAUGUUUUAUCCCUGGUGCCUGGCACAGUGCACCUUCAACUUGAGUGGAGGGAGUGUGGGUGGAAGGGCCCCAAUUCACCCCUUAGCAGCUCAGAUGCAUGCAAGAGAAGGAUGAAGAGCGUCGGGCAGGCAGAGUGACCAGGGGCUCUGUUCUUUCAGCCCUACUUCCCAUUACAGUUACGGGUGCCCCAGUGCUGAGCAAGGUUGGGGACUCUGUGCUGCUGGUGGCAGUGCGUCCCCGUGCCUUCCAAGUCCGUGAGGCCAUCUGGCGAUCUCUCUGGCCUUCGGAGGAGCUCCUGGCCACGUUUUUCCGAGGUUCGCUAGAGACUCUGUACCAUUCCCGCUUCCUGGGCCGAGCCCAGCUACACAGCAACCUCAGCCUGGAGCUCGGGCCACUGGAGUCUGCAGACAGCGGCAACUUCUCCGUGUUGAUGGUGGACACAAGGGGUCAGACCUGGACCCAGACCCUCCAGCUCAAGGUGUACGAUGCAGUGCCCAGGCCCGUGGUACAAGUGUUCAUUGCCGUAGGAGGGGAUGCUCAGCCUCCCAAGACCUGCCAGGCUUUCUUGUCCUGCUGGGCUCCCAACAUCAGUGAAAUAACCUAUAGCUGGCGACGGGAGGCCACCAUGGACUUCGGCAUGGAGCCACACAGCCUUUUCACAGAUGGACAGGUGCUGAGCGUUUCCCUGGGACCCGGAGACAGAGGCGUGGCCUAUUCCUGCAUUGUCUCCAACCCCGUCAGCUGGGACUUGGCCACAGUCACACCCUGGGAGAGCUGCCAUCAUGAAGCAGCACCAGGGAAGGCCUCCUACAAAGAUGUGCUGCUGGUGGUGGUGCCCAUCUCGCUGCUCCUGAUGCUGGUUGCUCUCUUCUCUGCCUGGCACUGGGGCCCCUGCUCAGGGGAAAAGAAGAAGAAUGUCUGUGCUGACAGGGUGGGUCCAGAGACAGAGAACACCCUUGUGCAGGAUCUGCCAUAAAGGACAAUAUGAACUGAUGCCUGGACCAUCAGUAACCACUGCACAGGCACAUGAUGCUCUGGGACAUAACUGGUACCUGGAAAUCGCCGUGGCACCUCAUAUCACCCACGGGAAUCCUGUCCUGCCUCGAUGGGGCAACCUGAGCAGCCAUCACACUACGUGGGCAGAAAGCACCAGCACGUUUCACUCCUGCCCUUUUCUCUCCCACCUUCGCACAUCCUGGCUCCUCUCUGGGCAACACGGGCCAAACAGAACAUUCCCUCCAGGACACUGGAAGUUAUCCAGGAUCCAGAUCCACAGGGACAAUGAUUGUCCAAGGCAUUCCUCCCCCACCACUAUUCAUAAAGUAUCAACCAAAUGGCACCAAAGAAUUGCCUCCAACCUGGGUCCCAGGCACUAAAAGAUACUAGAUAUUUGAACUAACAGAAGAACUCUGAAUCACCCAUGCCAGCUUCGGCUUCGGCCCCAGACCCUGCCAUUUGAGAUCCCGAUGCUUUCUGAUGGCCAAGGCGUUGCUAUAAGAAAAAGUCUAGAAACAGGUGAAAGUGAGAGGUGGGGGUCAGGGGUCUCUCUUUCUGGCCUGAGGACUUUCAGCUAAUCAGAGUUCAUGGCCCCUCAAAGGUAAUUGCAGUUGUAGACACUGAGGAGAGUUGACAACCCAUGGUCGAAAUGGGCUCUGUUUUGCAGGAAACACCAUAUUAAUAGACAUCCUCACCAUCUGCAUCCGCUCUCACGCCUCCUGCCGGAUCUGGGAGUGGGGAUGAAGAGUCUUUUCUCACUUUCCAGCAGUGACCAGGAAAAGAAAUAUUGAAUUUGUCCCAGCCAACAGGACAUUCUUGCACAACUUCAAGAAAAGCAGCUCAGCUCGGUAUGAGUCUUCUGCCUGAAACUGAGCUGAGGGAGUGAAGAGCCAUAAAACACUAUACAGAAGGAACAUUACAGAAAGAAAGGAUACUGAGGUACUCAAGAAUCUGCCACAUUUAUUUUCAAAUGCAAAUGUUCCAAGGGGAGGGAACAAAGAACACCACUGCCCAACAGGAGGUCUGUAGCGGUCACUCUGACUCCAUCAAACUCUUUACUGUGGCCGUCUUUGGAAGAUACAUUCUGCCCUUGAGUGAUUCUGUCUAGAAAAGCUCUGGAGUAUUGAUUGCUACUGGAAAAACACUUAAUGAGCUAAACUUAUCCUAGGAGAUUAUUAGCUGAUAAGGUUCACAGUUUCUUUUUUUUUUUUUUUUUAAUAAAGACAGGGUUUCACCAUGUUGGUCAGGCUGGUCUUGAACUUUUGACCUCAGGUGAUCCUCCCGCCUUGGCCUCCAAAGUGCUUGGAUUACAGGCGUGAGCCGCCACACCCGUCCAAGUUUCACAGUUUCUCUCAUCCACGUGUAACUGUAUUUUUCCUGGGGCCUCACUCAAGUCUGGAUAAUAGAGCGAAAGGAGGCAUUGAAGAAACAAGGGUGGGUUUGAAAGUGCUGUUUUCCCAGGGUGCCUUCAAUCUCCCCACCUAGGAUGUCAGUCCCAUCCAAGGACCUUCCCUCUUCUCCCCAGUUCCUGGACAAUCACUUCACCAUGGACAAAGGCUCAGCACAGCUAACCUCCAGACCGCAUCCUCAACCUGGCUGUUCCCAGAUCCUCCCUGCCUGGCCUGCUCAGAGGUUCCCCGUGGGUAACCUGGCUUUACCAGAUCCAUUUUCUUUCCCGCAUCCAAUUCUCUCCUAUCACCUUCCCCCAAGAUUGCCUGAACAAGGCACAUGGCCACUCAACCUAGCAGCUUGUGCUGUCCCCACCUGCCACCUACAGUCACACCACAUGCCUGGUUGCUGAAUAGUGCAAAACUGGCCUCAGUCCCUGAAAAGGAUGUGGAAAGGAAAGCCCAGGAGCUGACAAUGAUCCCCAGUGGUUUUGUGGGGAAAAAGUACACAGCACUCCCACCUUUCUUCUCUUCAUCUCCAGGGCCCCACAUCAGAUCAAAGCAGCUGUGGAUGAGAUGGGACCCACAGUUCUCCCUCCACAAGGUGACUCUUAGCAAUCUCAUUUCAACAGCGGUCUGUAGGCUGGUGCCCCAGGAUCACUUUGAACAGAUCCACACUGCUCAAAUAAAGUUCUCAUCCU